AUGACCUCAUACAACAAUGCCUAUCAAAUGGGACCCGAUUUUAAUCGGCUUGUAAUGAAUGCAACAAAUCCCAAAAACCAAACCGAUGAUUGGGAUUCUAUUAUGCAAAUUUCAGAUCUUUUAUGCCAAAACCCAGAUGAUUACACCAAACAAGUACUUCCUAUUUUGUUAGCAAGACUCAAAGAUCCAAAUCCGAUUGUUGUUAUUUACUCUCUCACUCUUUCGGAUGCCAUUCUGAAGAAUACCAAUGAUUACGUAAAGAAGUGUUUUUUAAGAUCUGAAUUUGUAAAUAUUGUGCAUGGAUUAACACAAGGAAGAUCAACUGAUGUCAAAGAGAAAGCCAAUGAGGUGAUAAAAGAAAAUCAGCUUACACAAUUCCCAUCAUCGAGCCCAUCCUCUUCACCUCCAAUCGGAAUUGCAUCCUCCCCACAACAGCCUUUGACUUCUUCAACAACAAGACAGCCUCCUCCUUUCAGAGGAAAUACAAAUCAACCCUCGAGCAAGCUGUCUACCUAUCAAGAAAAAUUAGAUUCUGAUUUGACCAUUGUCAAAGAAAAUAUUAAUUUAUUAGGAGAGCUAGUUUCUGCUGCUUCUUCACCAAACGAAUUGAAACAAGAUGACACUGCUCUUCAACUCAAAGUUAAUUGCGAGGAAAUGCAGAGAAGAAUAAUUUCAUUAAUCGAAACUAUUCCUCCAGAAGAUGUUCUUUUGAAACUGUUGGAAGUUAACGAAGCAUUAAGUGACUCUCUUCAAUCAUUCGAAAAGUUUAUGAAAACUGGCAAGAAGGAGAAUCCAAAGCUUUCACAGGUUCUCAACACCUCAUCUGCCCCUCCUUUGUCACCAAAUGUCAAUACAUCUUCAACUGCAGCUGUUAGCGGCUCAAGUGGAUUCGGAUCAUUGGCAAACAGAAACGUUAAUAGAACAAACACUCCAUCCAAUCAAAACAAGUCUCUCACUUUGGAUGAUUUUCUUGGAUCAUCUGUACAACCAACUCCACCUCAGCAACAAGUUAAUAGUAAUGUCACAGCAAGCAAUUUAAACACCAGCAGCAAUAUUGGAGGUGUUAAUAAGGUAUCCACUGGAAACAGUUCAUCAACAACUCCGCUUUCUUUGGACGAUCUUUUUGGGUUGACAACAUCAACACCAGUGCAGCCACAACAACGAUUACCUCCCAUUGUCAACAAUCCAUCUCCUUAUACACUAAACAACAACCCUUACUCCGAUUCAAUGGAGAGAGAAUUUGGAAGAUUAAAUAUUCAAGCUGGAAACAUUCCUCCAAUGUAUCCUUCAACAACGCCUCAAUACAACAAUAAUCCAUACACUCCUCCAUACAAUCCUUACGGAGGCUCGGAUCAUGUUGACCCCAACGACCCAUUUGGGUUGAGCAAUAGGCCUCAACAACCACAACAACUACAGCCAAACAACCAAACAGCCAACCGAUCAUCUGGUGGCUUUGCUGCUUUAGCCAAUAGAGACAGAAGCAACUCCAGCCAAAAGAAAUAA